AUGGCAGAAGACAUCUUGAUUGAUAAGAAUACAUUCUUCAAUCGUCUGACGAGCUUCUACUCGGCAUGGAAGUCAGAUAGACGCUCUAACAAUGCCACUUUUGGCGGCGUCUCAUCAAUUGUUAUUCUCAUGGGGAAGACAGACGAGGCUAACAGUUUUCAAAAGAAUAAUGCGAUGCAUUUCUGGCUCCUCGGUUAUGAAUUCCCUGCUACUCUGCUAGUAUUCACCACCGAGGUUGUAUAUGUUGUCACUACUGCUAAGAAGGCCAAGCAUCUUGAGCCACUCAAAGGGGGAAAAAUUCCAGUAGAGAUUCUGGUGACCUCGAAAGAUCCCGAAGAGAAAGUGAGAUCAUUUGAGAAGUGCAUAGAGGUCAUCAAGACGGCUGGUAGAAAGGUUGGUGUCUUGCCAAAAGACACAGCAUCCGGUCCUUUUUCUGAGGACUGGAGACGGGCUUACGCGUCAGCCGUCGGAGAGAUGGAAGAAGUCGACAUCUCAAACGCUCUCUCGACUGCAUUUGCAAUCAAAGAUACAGACGAGCUAGUCUCUAUUCGAAACGCGUCCCGGGCCUGUAGUGGCUUGAUGGCCGAGUACUUUGUGGAUGAAAUGUCUCGUCUGCUUGACGAAGAGAAGCAAAUGACCCACAAGGCUCUCGCCAUGAAAAUUGAUGCGAAAAUAGACGACGCGAAAUUUUUCAACAAGUUGGCGAAACUUCCGACUGAUUUCGAUCCUCAACAGAUCGACUGGGCAUAUGGCCCAGUUGUACAAAGCGGAGGGAGAUAUGAUCUCAAGCUCACGGCCACUUCCGACAUUAAUAACCUUCAACCAGGAAUCAUUGUUGCAGGAUUUGGGAUUCGCUAUAGGACCUACAGUUCGCUGAUCGCGCGUACAUAUUUGGUCGAUCCAAGCAAAUCCCAAGAGGCAAACUAUGCUUUCCUUCUGAAUGUUCGUGAUGCGGUCGUCAAAGACAUGCGCGAGGGUACAACGGCAAAGGACUUGUACCAUAAAGCAAUCAGCUUGGUUCGGGCCAAGAAGCCAGAGCUUGAGACGCACUUCGUCAAAUCUGUUGGUGCAGGUAUUGGAAUUGAACUCCGCGAUCCUAACAUGCUACUUAAUGGGAGAAAUGAUAAAAUCCUGAAGAGCGGCAUGACAUUCUCUAUUACGGUUGGCUUGACUGAUGUUGAGGACACUAACGGCAAAGACCGGGGUAAUUCCGUUUACUCAAUGGUUAUCACGGAUACUGUCCGUGUCGGUGAGAAUGGCCCACUUGUUUUCACGAAAGAUGCCGGUGUGGACAUGGACUCAGUCUCCUUUUAUUUCGGAGAUGAGGAAGAAUCUGAAAAGCCUGUCAAGGAGAAAAAGGAAGCCAAAUCCAGUGCCAUUGCUAGUAGGAAUGUGACUCGAACAAAGCUACGUGCCGAGAGGCCAACUCAAAUCAACGAAGGCGCAGAGGCACGGCGCCGUGAGCAUCAAAAGGAACUGGCCACCAAGAAAACAAAGGAAGGGCUGGACAGAUUCGCCGGUACCACAGGAGACGACAAUGGGGUCACACACAAAAAGUUCAAGAGAUUCGAGUCUUACAAGAGGGAUAAUCAAUUACCUCCAAAAGUGAAAGACCUCACCAUCUAUGUUGACCAUAAAGCAUCGACGGUCAUUGUCCCCAUCAUGGGUCGUCCAGUCCCGUUUCAUAUCAACACUAUCAAGAAUGCCAGUAAGAGUGAUGAGGGAGAAUAUGCCUACCUGAGAAUCAACUUUCUGUCACCAGGUCAAGGUGUUGGUAGAAAAGACGACCAGCCCUUCGAAGACCUCUCAGCACACUUUUUGCGAAAUCUGACACUUCGGUCCAAAGAUAACAACCGACUCGCUCAAGUCGCUCAGGAUAUCACAGAGCUGCGGAAAAACGCACUACGACGCGAGCAAGAGAAGAAGGAAAUGGAGGAUGUGGUUGAACAGGACAAGCUGAUUGAAAUAAGGAAUCGUCGUCCCGUCAAACUACCCGAUGUUUAUCUCCGACCACCGCUGGACGGGAAGCGAGUUCCUGGCGAGGUCGAGAUACAUCAGAACGGCCUUCGCUAUAUGUCACCCUUUCGAAACGAACAUGUCGACGUACUCUUUAGCAAUGUCAAACAUCUCUUCUUCCAACCAUGCGCUCAUGAGCUGAUCGUCUUGAUACACGUCCAUCUGAAGACGCCUAUACUAAUAGGUAAAAGAAAGACCAGAGAUGUUCAAUUCUACAGAGAAGCUACUGAAAUGCAGUUUGAUGAGACUGGUAAUCGCAGACGUAAACACCGCUACGGGGACGAGGAAGAGUUCGAGGCUGAACAGGAAGAACGGCGGCGCAGAGCAGCAUUGGAUCGCGAAUUCAAGGCCUUCGCUGAAAAAAUCGCAGAUGCUGGCAAGGACGAGGGGGUAGACGUUGACAUCCCUUUUAGGGAAAUUGGCUUUACUGGUGUUCCCAAUAGGUCAAAUGUCUUGAUUCAGCCUACAACAGAUGCUCUUGUCCAAUUGACAGAGCCCCCGUUCUUGGUCAUAACUCUGAAUGAGGUUGAAAUUGCCCAUUUAGAACGCGUACAGUUUGGACUGAAAAACUUUGACCUCGUCUUUGUUUUCAAGGACUUCCACCGGGCACCCGUACACAUAAACACGAUCCCCGUGGAGUCGUUAGAGGGUGUGAAGGAUUGGCUGGAUUCCGUUGAUCUUGCUUUCACGGAAGGCCCCUUGAAUUUAAACUGGACUACUAUCAUGAAGACAGUAGUGAGUGAUCCGUACGGAUUCUUUGCUGAUGGGGGUUGGUCGUUCCUUGCAGCAGAAUCCGACUCAGAGGGCGGAUCUGAUGAGGAAGAGGAAUCUGCUUUUGAGCUCUCCGAAUCCGAGCUUGCAGCUGCAGAUGAAAGUUCCGAAGAUGACAGUGAGUUCGAUGACGACGCCAGCGCUGAGGAGAGCGAUGAGUUCAGCGCGGAAGAAGAGAGUGGUGAAGAUUGGGACGAGUUGGAAUUGAAGGCGAAAAAGAAGGAUCGGGAAGGUGGUUUGGACGACGAGGAGCGGGGAAAGAAACGAAAGAGAUAA